AUGCCUGUGGCUGAAAGUGCCCGCAGGGUGCUAAAAAGCAGCCUAUUCGACAUAAAAGUGGUAUCGCUCUGUUGUUCUUGGUACUUCAUCUCCAGUCUUACUUCGCAGUUGACCAAGCACAUCCUCAAUGAUUUUGACUUCCCCGUAUUUGUGGGCGAGUUUCAGUUCCUGUGCAGUCUAUUACUUGGUCACAUCACUAUCUUUCUUCUCGGGAGAUUCCCGCACUUGAAAUCCGCAAUUUUGGGAAGCUCAAGGUCCGGCACAGGCUUUGUUUUUAAUAGACGAUUACUGAGAGUUUUCUUUCCCAUGGGCACUUUCCAGUUUAUUGGGAAAUUGCUGAGUCUUGCUGCAACUUCAUUAUGUCCCGUGGCAACCGUUUCGUCUAUUAGGGCUUUGGGUCCUCUACUGACGGUUAUGGGAUACCGCAUAUACUACAAGGUCCGCUUUCCAUCUUACACCUACCUGUCUCUCAUUCCCCUGGUCUUAGGCGUCGUUAUCAUCGUUGUAUCGCAGUCCGGAGACAAGGACUCUACAAGGGGUACCAUAUCGGACCCACAACUCAGCAGCCAAGAGGACGGAGAAAAAACCAUGCUGCGAGUAAUGCUCCUGGAAAAGUCCGAUUACCUCAAAGGUAUAGCAUUUGCGUUCGCGUCCGCAGUCAUUUUCGCGGGCCAGUCAAUAUACGCCAAAAACGUUGUCACUCCGUCAUCAUACUCUGGGGCUCGAGAUCCCGGAUCGCUCGCCAUUAGUAGGGGGUCGUCGGCGAAUUCCGAUGUCGAAAAAUAUGCUGCCUCCUCAGAACACCCAAAGCACAAAAGAUCCGGGGAGUACGAAGGUGCUCUUGAGAAGCCAGACAAACUUACAACUCUUAUUUAUUGUGCAACGUAUGGGAUGCUAUACUCGAUUCCUGCGUUCAUCACAUAUGAGUGCUACGAGCUAUUUUUCGGCGUCAGAAAAGUUUCGGAGUCCACAUACGUCCCCAACUACAGCUGCAUACCCUGGACCAUGCUGGUACUGAACGGGAUUAGUCACUUUGGACAAUCAUUGUUGGCUUUUCAUAUUCUUGCUCUGUUGCCCACGGUCACGUACUCGAUCGCCGCGAUGAUGAAAAGAAUAGUCAUUAUCAGUGUAAGCAUGAUCAUUACCGGCAAAAGACUCUCCUUGCUGGAGAUCACCGGACUGGUGCAUGUUGCUAUUGGCCUCUAUUGUUAUGAUCGGUGGGGGUCAAAGCGCUAA